AGGUGUCGGCGGUGGCUGCGGCCAGGCUGGCCCUGGCUGCCUGCGGCGCGGGCGCCUCCCUCGCAGCCGCUGCUGCCGACGCCGCCGCGCUCCCGCCUCCUGUCGGUUCCCGGGCUCCCGCUGCGGCUGCGGUUCUGGCAGCCGAGCCCCCGCGGUGCUGCAGCCCAGCUUUAGCGCGCAGACCGACCCGCGCCCCUUCCUCGCCGCCGGCAGCCUCUAAUCCACGCGGCGCGUUGCGGCAGGUGCCCUGGGCGUACUGAGGCGCGGUGGCCUGAGCCCGGCCGCCAUCGAUGACCCCGGUCGCGGACCUGCUUCAGGCUGGCCACCCGGUAUCUUGUUUCAUCAUCUGUGUUGAAUAACCAUGGGGAGGAAGCUGGACCUGUCUGGUUUGACUGAUGAUGAAACAGAGCAUGUUCUUCAGGUGGUUCAAAGAGACUUCAAUCUUCGCAAAAAAGAAGAAGAACGACUAAGUGAGCUGAAGCAGAAGCUGGAUGAGGAAGGCAGCAAGUGCAGCAUCCUCUCGAAGCACCAGCAGUUUGUGGAGCACUGCUGCAUGCGCUGCUGCUCGCCCUUCACCUUCCUUGUCAACACCAAGCGCCAGUGUGGAGAUUGCAAAUUCAAUGUCUGCAAGAGCUGCUGCUCCUACCAGAAGCACGAAAAGGCCUGGGUCUGCUGCGUCUGCCAGCAAGCGAGGCUUCUGAGGGCCCAGUCUCUGGAAUGGUUCUACAAUAAUGUGAAGAGCCGCUUCAAGCGCUUUGGCAGUGCCAAGGUUCUGAAGAACCUGUACAGGAAGCACCGGCUGGAGAGUGGUGUGUGCUUCGACAUUCUAGGAGGAAGCCUUUUUGAGUCAAACCUGGAGAAUGAAGGAAGCAUUUCUGGCAGUGAUUCAACAUUUUAUAGACAGUCAGAAGGACAUAGUGUGAUGGACACCUUGGCUGUGGCCCUACGGGUGGCUGAAGAGGCCAUUGAGGAAGCGAUUUCUAAAGCAGAAGCAUAUGGGGACAGCCUGGACAAGCAAAAUGAGGCGAGUUACCUGCGGGACCACAAGGAGGAGCUAACUGAGGAACUGGCCACGACAAUCCUGCAGAAGAUUAUACGAAAACAGAAGAGCAAAAGUGAGCAGCAAGUGGAAGAAGAGCCAGGAUGGCCACAUCCCCAGAGUUGCAUCACAAAGGUGGCAGAUGAGGGGACCUCAGCAUCCCCUGGAGGCCACCGUGCUCCCGCUGCCCUCUGGCGGUCCCAGUCUGCCUUCUCAAUCACUGGAGAAGAAGCCCUGAAGACCCCUCCAGUGGAGGCUGCAUCAAGGCAGCCAAGGGACCAAGGCCAACACCCAAGAGCAGAGUCUGCUCUGCCCAGCUGGAAGAGCGUGGACAGGCUGGAUGAAACAAACCUGGCCCCAGUUUUGCAGAGCCCCGAUGGGAAUUGGGUGGCCCUAAAGGAUGGCGCUCCGCCCCCCACCCGACUACUGGCCAAACCUAAGAGCGGGACGUUUCAGGCCCUGGAGGUGGCCUCCAGUGUGGCAUCUGCCUACGAUGAGAUGGGCUCCGAUAGCGAGGAAGACUUUGACUGGAGUGAGGCCUUGAGCAAGCUGUGUCCCAGGUCCCGGGCCCUGCCCAGGAACCCCCAGCCUCAGCCCACACAGGCCCAGAGCUCUGACCAAGGCCUCAUAGCUGCCUCCCCAUCCUCCGCAAUCUCCCCCAACCCUGAGGCCAUGUGCUCUGACUCGGAGACCUCCUCCGCGGGCUCUUCCCGAGAAGUUGGGCACCAGGCCAGACUGUCCUGGUUGCAGAGGAAGGCCCCCAGGAACCCUGCAGCUGAGAAGAUGCGCCUGCAUGGAGAGCUGGAUGUGAACUUCAACCCCCAGGUGGCCAGCAGGGAGACCUCGGACAGCAGCGAGCCAGAGGAGGCCCCCCACACCACAGACCGGCGGGCCAGGAGGUGGAGAAGAACCCGACUGGACUCAGAAGAGCCAAGCAAAGAACCAUCUUCCCCCAGCGCCCGGCUCCGGGAUCUGGACACAUGUCAGGUAUGGGAUGAUUUAUCAGAGACAGACAUCAGCAAUGAGGCUCGGGACCUCCGGACUCUCACAGACACCACAGAGGAGAAACGGAGAAACAGGCUGUAUGAGUUAGCAAUGAAAAUGAGUGAAAAGGAGACUUCUUCAGGGGAGGAUCAGGAGUCUGAGGCCAAGACAGAAUCUGAGAACCAGAAGGAAAGUCUGUCCUCUGAAGACAACAGCCAGAGUGUCCAGGAAGAGCUGAAGAAGAAGUUUUCUGCUGUUUCUCUCUGCAACAUCUCCACAGAAGUCCUGAAAGUCAUCAAUGCCACAGAGGAGUUGAUAGCAGGAUCUACAGGGCCCUGGGAGUCCCCACAAGUCCCUCCUGACAGAGAGAAGGGGACAUUUCCUCGUGGGACAGACCAAGUGAGACUGGAUGAGCAGCUGACUUCCCUGGAAGAAAAUGUAUACCUGGCAGCAGGCACUGUGUAUGGACUGGAGACCCAGCUGACUGAGCUAGAAGAUGCCGCCCGCUGCAUCCACAGCGGCACUGAUGAGACCCAUCUGGCGGAUCUGGAGGACCAGGUGGCCACGGCUGCGGCCCAAGUCCACCAUGCUGAACUCCAGAUUUCGGAUAUUGAGAGCCGGAUUUCAGCCCUGACCAUUGCAGGAUUAAACAUAGCACCAUGUGUGCGCUUCACAAGAAGACGGGAUCAGAAGCAAAGGACCCAGGUACAAACCAUAGAUACAUCAAGGCAGCAAAGGAGGAAACUGCCUGCUCCACCGGUGAAAGCUGAAAAAAUUGAGACAUCUUCAGUGACUACCAUUAAAACAUUUAACCACAACUUCAUUCUCCAAGGCUCCUCAACAAACAGGACUAAGGAAAGGAAAGGCACCACCAAGGAUUUGAUGGAGCCUGCUCUGGAGUCAGCUGUGAUGUACUGACACCAUGGAAUUCCACUGCCAGUGACCCACUGCCUCCGGCCGUACACGACAGUGCCUUGACCCAACAGCCAUCGAGUACUGUAUGUAUUUCCACCUGAGGAGAAGGCCUGGGGAGGCCACAGUGCACCAUUGCACAGGGCUGUCCUGAUACCUCAUCUAGAAAGCCGUCUCAGACUUCAGCACUGCGGUCUUGCCCACUCUCUGCCUUAGGCUCCCAGGGGAAUCCAAGACAGAAAACCAAGACAUUGGCUUCCAACAGCAGCGCUCCAUGUUUAGGAUACAUAUUUUCCCUGUUUGCUUUGCUACUGUAUGUUGACUUUAAGAUCUUUUUUUUAAUACAUUUGAUUCAGCUAGUAUUCCAUGUCAACAAUUUGUCCAAAGGAAAACUGCUGGAGGGAGGUGGAGGGAGGAAGGUGGGAAUUAUUAUUUAAUACAUCAUUAAUGCUUAUUAAUCUCUCACAAGCAUCAUUGUCUUGCAAAUCCUAAGGGAAAAGCAAGUCCCUGCAGUGAGCACUAGGGACAGUCUAAUUUGGGGAUUGCUCAACCAUCAAGACUGCAGGUCUCCCUUCAGCCACCUCCUUCCUGCUAAAAGCUUAGCCUACCACACUACCAGUCAUUCCCAUCGCUUUGCAAUCACAAGCCACAGGAUGAGAAGUCCUGACUCACUCAUGCCAUGCCCAGGACUAUCUGAAACAAUGUCUCAUUAAGAAUUUAGGGUUCUUCCAUGGGCUUACUGACAGUUGCCCAAAUCUGAAGGGGAAAGGGGCUUGAGAAAGACCAUCAUUGGCUCAACUUUAGGGCACUGUCCAGAGUCAACAUGAUGUGGUUUAGCAAUGAUCACAUCUAAACAAAGUUUAGGUAAAUGAAUUAUCGCAGAGAAAAACCACAUGAGAAAAUUUUUAUCCUCCAAAUUUACUUCCCAAUAAAUAUUCAGCAAAGUAGUAAAAUGACCUUAAAGAUAAAAAUGAUUAUGGAAUAGCCUUAGAAAAUUUAUAGGUAUAAAAAAUUCAAGGACAAACUGUGCAUUUAAUGGACACAAGAAUUGACUCUAACUAACUCUAUGUCUGUGGUUUCUUUGAACCUAUAUUAAAUGCAUGACUAUUUAGAGUGUUUAUAAGAGCAAAUGGCACUGAAUUUUCACUCAAUUAAUUGGGCAUUAACAACCUUCUUUUAUGUUUGUUCCUGAUAUAGUCUGAAUCUUAGGAAGAAGGUAAAAGAAAGGAGGCAAGAGAACAGUUAUGAUGAAUAUGUGUUAAGUGCCUGCUCUGAAGGAGGCAAUGUUCUUCUCAUUUGAAUCCUUAUGGCAACCUUAUUCAAUAGGUUUUCCCAUAUUUCAGAUUUAAUAACUGAAGGCCAGAGAGAUUAAUUUGCCAAAGCCACACUUUUAUGCUAAUUAUGAUUGGAAUGCAUCACAAAAGCAUAACUCUGUUGUUUUCAACCUCUACGUUAUUUUGCUGCUAUGUGCAUUUCUAGAUCUGAUUGAUUUUCUGCUGAUUUGUGUGCUAUGAUCCACUCCUGAUGGGGGUCUACGUUAAUCUUCCAAUACUCCUUGCUGAUGCUGUGUUAUGUGUCAUCUAACAGAAAUGACUCCUUUGAAAUAAGUAAAUCUUUGGCUUUUUGUUCUGUUGGUGUGAUUCAAAGCAAAACAAACAAAAACAAAUUUUAAAAACACAACAAAAAAGAUUUGACUUCCAAAUAGAACGUUUUCUUUAAGAGGCAUGAAAAGCGACUAUUGUUGUGUUACAGUGUUAAAAAUAUUCAGUUUUCUUUGACAAAAAUGUGUACUGUGUAAGCCUUGCAAACAAAAAACAACAAAAAAGAAGAAGCAGCAGACUGCUGUGUGGCAUCUGAACUUUUUAUAAAGGUUUCCUUGUGCCAAAUAAGUGCAAAGAUUUAAUUUACUAUUAAAAACCAUAAGCAUAUGUUAUAGUUCCAGAAGAAUUAUUUUGUCAUCAAGUGAUUUUGAUCUUUAGUGUCAAUAUUUAUAUUUAGAUUAAUUUUUAUAAAUGAAAAUAUUUUAAUGGUUUAAGAAAAUGAGGACAACAGGAUAAUAUCUUUGAUGACUUCUGAAAGUUAUGCUUCCCUUCAUGUUAUAUGCACAUUGCCAAGAAUUACUGUCAAGAGAAACAAUAAGUAAAAGUCAUUUAUGAAAAUAAAGAUUGUGUGUGUGCAAUUUUUUGGUUAAGGGAGACUAGGAGUGAGUAGGGGAUAGGGAAAGAAGUCAUGUGGCUAGUAACUGGAGGGGCCAAGAUUCAAUACCUUCCUUCCAGUUAUACUGCUCUCCCCUCCAUUGCAAGUUGUCCAGACAACAGAAUUUCCCAGUGACUACCUCCACUCAAGUGGUCACCCAAGUAAGACCAGCAGUUCUCAAAGGGAGGUACAGCGUGAUUUUUGCCCCUCAGGGAAUAUUUGACAAUGUCUGGAGACAUUUUUGAUUGUAACAGCUAAAGGUGUGCUGCCACUGGCAUCUAGUGGGCAGAAAACAGGGAUACUGCUAAACAUCCUACAAUGCAUAGGACAGCCCCUGUCUUAGUCCAUUUUGUGUUGCUAUAACAGAAUAACACAGACUGGGUGAUUUACAAAGAAAAAACUUUAUUUCCUAUA